CCUAUUAUUCGCGACAGAUAUUAUAUAUCUACCAUCUCCUAUCUGGCGCAUUAUAUCUAUUACAUCCCUCCAUUCUACUAUACGAGGCUUCUACUCUUUUGGCUACCAUAUAUUUCUACAUCUUCUCUGACUUCCACCACUGACAAUCUAUCAAGAAUAUACAUCACCACGAAAAUGGUACAGAACAAAGCCCCAGAGAAGGAACGCUGCAUACCAUUUUCAGCAGGCCUUCCCAUCUUCGACGAGGCCACUGGCAAAUACGUCCCUCGCAAACCCGCAGCGAGGCCAGUGACGAAACGAAACUGCUCCCCAGUCAAACUUCGAGACAUGACCCCUUUCCACAAGGGAUAUGAUGCCGUUCACAAGAACAAACGGGCCAAAAUGACUAUUUCCGCGGAGUCUAAGAGACGAAUCUCGUCCAUUGACUAUGAGACCGAACCGGAAUAUAACAGAUCUCGCUUUCUCGGACACGGAGAUGGAAAGAAUCCGCCUGUUUGGAAUCCUUAUACUGGGAAAUACGAGCGACUCUCUUUCAAUGAGUUCGGAGCGUAUGAGUCGCAAUCGGGCAGUGCCUUGGGCGCGCGGCCUGGAAACUAUGGGGUUGUUCAUGGAACAACGGAACAAAAGGGCACCGUCAGACGGAAGAACGGUGGCCUGGAAGCGGAUAAUCCUGUCGUUCUGUUUCCUGGAGAGCCACUCGUGGUGGCGACGCGCAAAGCCCUGGAGCUAGAGAAAGAAUUCCCAGGAAUGCCUCUGGAUAAAGCGCUUGCUCAAAAGAAGCGCAGGAUUGCGUCGGAGAAGGAAAGCAAGGAUCAGCCGGCCAAGAAGAGAGUCAAGGCUUCGACAACAGUGUCGGCUAAUCCGUCGAAGGCGAAGGUAGACCUUGCUGCGUGGUUGCAACACAGCAAGAGGACCAGCCAGGGCCGUCACCUGCAAAAAGCAGGUAUUCCAUCGCGUGCUCAAACAAAGAGCACCCCCGGGCGUUCUGCUAUAUCUGCUUCGAAGAAUACAACCACGGGUCUUCUUUCUCCUCCAGAAACUCCUUGAAGCAAUUAUACCGGCAGGAAUCGCGAGGCCACAUGGGUAUAGGAAGAGAUAGUCCUCAGGACUGUCUCCUCUUCGAACAUUGAUGUUAAUCUUGUUACGGUUUGAUGAUGUUCGACGCAAUUUCAUAUCGAAGCUUUGUAUAUACUAUUAUCCGAUCACAUCAAUACAUUGAAAUAAACAACGAGGACCAGCCAAGUGUAAAUUUCAUAGAAUAGCCACGGUCUAGACGUUCGGAUGCUUGCUAAUCGCAUUGUCUGCCAACGAUA